AUGGAUCAGAUUGAAAUGCUCACUACUGAUCGACACAUUACUUCGGUAGAACGUGCGGUUGCUGGCAUUCCAAUGCAUAACAAUUCUGAACUAUUUUCGAACACACAGUCUACAUUCGAUUUCUAUGAUGAAACACAAGAGAAGGAUGAAAUCAGCAUUUCGAAUCCUUCACAUGAGCUAAAACGUUCCAUUCUUGGAACACCGAGCGGCAUUCUCCGAGAUCGUAACGGUACCUUUGCAACACAAGUUACAUAUGGAGUGGGUAGCGCACCAGCAUGGAUAGUUAUUGUCGAUUUAAAUAAUGACACACGAUUAGAUCUUAUUGUCGGUUGUUCUGGAGUGUCAAAUGUGUACAUUUUAUUUGGACUCGAUAAUGGUUUGUUCGAAGCUGCAAUAUCGUAUCCUGCGCACGCAAAACCAUUCUCUGUAGCAGUUGGAGAUCUAAAUAAUGAUAAACGACUGGACUUAAUUCUAACAGACACCAGUAGUACCAAAGCAAGUAUAUUACUCCAGUCUAAUACAGGUGCUCUGGUAACCGACUUAACAUAUGCACCUGGUGGUGGUUCCAAAUUACAGUCGAUAGCCAUUCGCAGCCUGAAUAACGAUAGUCGACUAGACAUGGUUGUUGCGAAUUAUGGUACUGAUGAUAUUUCAAUUCUGUUUAGUACUGACAAUGAGACUCUCCUCAAUCGACUCACGAUUGGCAUGGAAUCGAAUUCUCAACCUACGUCAGUUGCUAUUGGCCAUUUCAAUGAUGAUUCUCAAUUAGAUAUUGCAGUAGCUCUUUCUGGUUUUCGUCAAGUUGGAAUCUUACUUGGAGAUGGUCGAGGAUCUUUUAUCCGUCAAGCAACCCACCAGGUUCCUUCUGAAUCUCGUCCGUUCGUUAUUUCCUCUGGAGAUUUUAAUAAUGAUGGACGAACAGAAAUUGUUGUUGGAUACGGUGAUAGUGAUGAGAUCGAUGUGCUUACUGUGUUGAAUUCUGGAUCGUUUGCGGAUCCGCAGACAUAUUUAGUUGGAUUUAGUCCAGGGUUUAUAGUCCUAGCAGAUAUGAAUAACGACAGUUAUGCUGACAUGAUGGUUGUUAACUAUGAUUCUGACAGUGUAAGCGUCUUCUUAGGAGUUAGGAACGGUAGUUUUCAAUAUGAAUCAACAUAUUCGGUUGAAAGCAGUCCAACUUCUGCAGCUGUCGGUGAUUUCAAUAACGACGAUCGGCUCGAUCUAGUUGUUACCAAUGGUGACACUGAAAAUCUUGCUCUAUUUCUAGGAUUCGGCAAUGGAUCCUUUGGGAUUGUGAUAACAAUUAAAAUUGACUAUACUGCAGCAUCUAUGGCUGUGGGUGAUUUUAACAACGAUAGAAACCUUGAUAUACUUUUGGGAUCGCCUAAUAGAGUAAUUAUGUUACGAGGCUAUGGUAAUGGCUCGUUUGCAUCUGAAACUGUCUAUUCAAAUUAUUCUUCUCCACGCUACAUCUUCGUCGCUGAUUUUAAUAACGAUACUUAUCUGGAUUUUGCUGUUGCUAAUUAUGAUUUUGAUAAUGUUGGAAUUUUUCUGAACUAUGGUAAUGGAUCAUUUACACCACAAACUACGUUUUCAGUGGACUCAAAGCCAAUCACAUUAGCAGUUGGGGAUUUAGACGAUGACGGCCGAUUAGACAUUGUUGCAGGUACUAUAGGCCAUCGUACAGUGACAAUUCGGCUAGGAAACGGCGAUGGAUCUUUCCAAAAGAAAAUCAUAUAUUCAGUAGGUAUUCUUCCAGAAUCAGUAGUAAUUGGUGAUUUUAAUAAUGAUGGACACUUAGAUAUAAUUGCUGCCAAUGUUGGUAGCAAUUAUCUUAGUGUUCUCUUGGGAUAUGGUGAUGGACGAUUCGCGCCUCAAAAUAAAUAUCAAACUGGCUCUGGUGCGCGGUUUAUCGCUUCUAAGGAUCUAAAUAGUGACGCUAAACUUGAUGUUGUGGUCGCGAACAUAGGUGAUAACACCGUUACUGUCUGGUUUGGCUGUUCAAAUCUUAUUUUUGGAAAGCAAACCACUCUUUCGAUUGACUACAGUUCCAAAUCACCAUCGUUUACCAUUCAUGAUUUUAACCAUGAUAAUUACACGGACAUCAUUGUUGCUAAUUCAUACAACAAUAAUAUCAGUGUUUUUCUUGGCUACGGUAAUUUUUCAUUUACAAAUCGAACAGUCUAUUCAACAGGUGCAGCAUCAUCUCCAUAUUCUAUAGCAAGUGGCGAUUUUAAUCAUGACAAUCACUUAGAUCUAGCUGUCGCUGAUUUUCUUUCUAAUACUAUCGAGAUAUUUUCUGGCGAUGGAAACGGUUCAUUCUCUCCCAAUCAGACAACCUAUUCAACCGGUUCAUCCUCGUCUCCCUCUUCGUUAGCUGUUGAUUAUUUUAACAAUGAUACGAAUCUCGAUAUCAUUGUUAUUAAUUAUAACAACAAUAGAUUUGGAGUAUUUCUUGGUCGAGGCGAUGGAACAUUCGACAACAUGCUCUCAUACUCGAUGCCUUAUGGAUCAAAUCCAUUUGCGGUUGCAACUGGUGAUUUUAGUAAAGAUGGAAAAGUGGAUUUUGCUGUAGCAAACAAAGCCACUGAUAGUUUGAGCAUUUAUGUCCAGACAUGUUAG